AUGGGUCCCCGAAUAAACAUCUUUCAGGGACUUCAAUUGGCGCUUUUGCGCCCCUCCUGCUCCACAUUACCUGUUUCCACACGAUGUUUCUCUACGACCUCCCCAUCCUUCAACUGGCUAAUGCCAAAAUACGGAGAGAAGAGAAAAUCGCAAAAAGGCCGACCCCGAAUGCCAACAGGUGGUUCCUCCCGAGGAACAACAGUCAUCUGGGGCGAUUAUGGCUUGCGGAUGAAAGACCAUGAUCGACGAGUAUCAGCGGACCAAUUGAAGACGGGCUUCGAAACGAUUCAGAAACGGCUCAGAGGCAUGAGGUACAAAUUUUAUCCGAGGGUGGCCGCCAACAUCGGUGUUUAUACGAGUGGUAACGAGCAGCGUAUGGGGAAGGGAAAGGGUAAAUUUGAUUAUUGGGCUGCGAGAGUUGCAGUUAAUCGGAUUAUUUUCGAAUUGAAAGGGGAUUUCCAUGAGGAGGUUGCGCGAGAAGCGUUGAGGUUGGCGGCGGCCAAGAUGCCAGGACAAUAUGAAUUCGUCAAGAAGGGUGACCCUCCUAUGGUGGGCCUGGUGAAACUAAAAAAUGGUGUCACGCUGGAAUCUUUGAAAAGGGCGCGAAGAGAGGUUCCGCUGAAUUCAGGGAAUAAUAUACCCCCGCCUCUAUCUGCAGCAGAAGGUUCCGCUCCAGCGCAAUAA